AUGACAGCGAUACUAUGUAAGCGGACCGAUUUCAUGUCUCAGUAUGCUUAACAUAGUUCCUAGGAGCAUAUAACUUCCUGGUAUGACUUUUGUAACUCAAUAAACUUGCAACUAGAGGUAAAAAGUUUAACGUUCAUAUCAAUCUAUGAAUGGCUUAAUCAGUUUGGGUUCAACUCUGAAAUCAGAUUAAUCAUCAAGACUAAAAUGUUUCUGCGUGUGGUGGGAAACUUUUUAUUCAAAUUGUUGCUAGUGCGCUCUGAUGAAAUUUUGAAAGCAGCUUAACUAAAACAGACGUUCACAUCCAUUUUCAUCUACCUGUCGAUAGAGCGAUUCAGUUCGGAAAAGUCGGACCAAUUUCUGAUUUGUUGUGAUUUACUUGUUGGCACUUACCAACAACUACAACUGAUUUUAGAAAAAAUAGUUUUCUACGUAGCAAGGAGACGGAUAUCUUACACUCUUUCCCUAAAAAACGUCGAGACUUUUCUCUUUUUUCUUUCUUGUUGCAAUAUCUCAAAUAAAUUGAUUCAAUUAGGAUAUUAAUGCCUUCAACUCUUGAGCUUUUCUCUCUGAUUUACGGUCACUGUUUGUGACAUUUUUGAGCUCUGUGCAAAUGUAUUGAAUCUGGUGCAACGGAAAAUCAAAUUUAAAUGUUAUAGUGUGGUUUUAACAAAGUGUGUAGCGAGCGAAAAGUAAAAUGUAAUGCGAAAUAAAACCAUUGUACCUCCAAUUCGUUGUUUGAGUUCCUUAUGAGAGAUUUUGAAUCCAAUUUCAUCGGCUUUUCCUCUCCAGAUUACUAAGGCUCUAAAACGAAAUGAAAUGUUAGAAACUUCAAUUCAGCUUUCUUCGCAAAGAGAUCAAUUAAAUUCUCCAAAAAUGAAUGCAAAUUCUCUAGACAAACUUCAGAUAACAGCUUAAAAUAUUACCUUAUAAUUUCAUUUUGCUUAAGUGGCGCAAUUUCACUACAACAGCCAAAAAGUCGCUUUUUUUCUCAACUCAACUAAAGAAGUUUCGCUUUGUUGGUAUGCGCGAGUAAAUUCAGUCGUAAUCAGAUUUGAAAAGUUUUCGAUUAGCGCCCGUUACAAUCCAACAAGUAUUCUUGCUCGCGCGCACAUCUCAUGAUCGAAUAUGCCCCUCUAAAACCGGGAUUUUCCGAGGAUAUGCUCCGAGUGACAUUCGCCAAUUUUCAAAGGUAUAACUACGACGAUAAAAGAGUACGUUGAAAAUUUUAUUACAGACGUAAGAGCAUUUAGCUAUUUUUAAAAAUGAAGGGACAAAUUUGUCUGUUCAUACCGUGGCACCAGAGCAUGCCGUGCAUAUUUUCGCGCCUAAUGGUGGCUAUUGUUCAUUUAAUGCCCGAGCAAAACCACACUUGAAAUUGUAAAUUCAGUUUCGGGCUAAACCAGCUGAACUAUCGUUUCUCGGCUCAAGAUAACCAUUUGCAUCGAACGAAAUACAUCUGCAGUGGUUUGGAGUGAAUGAGUCGCUUUUUGAGGAGAAAGCUGAAUUUCAAGUUUCCAAUCAUUCGCUUCCUUUUAAGAACGUUAGAUAUCCGGAGAGAAAAAGCCGAUGAGAUCGGGAAACAAUGAAGUGGGUAACUCUGAGUGAAGUAAAUUAAAUUAUUGCGCGCAAAAUUCUUGGCUGCGACCCAGGCUUCUCGCAUAUCUUUACUAAGUAAUGGUAUUGUUAUGUUACGACAUCGUGACGACACAAUUACUUACCGCGCGUAACCAUAACAACUUCUGAGACAGAAAUCAUUUGCAAUUUCGAGUGAAACGUGUAUAUCUUGGAGGGAAAACAUGAGUACUUCGUGGAUAAACUACGUGUAUAAACAGUUCACUGGGGAAGAAGACAAUGAACGCGCAACCAACUCAUUAGAUGUCCUUUCUAAAGCCAAUAUCUGGUUCACAGAUCUUCCAACAAAUAACUUAGGUCCGAUUGAGGAAUCAUUCGGGGCGCGCACGAUGACUAAAAAAGUAGGUGCCUAACUUACACUUCUUUUCUUUUAAUACAUUAUUUGAAGACUGUUUAGAGUUGAGGAGACUGAUGGGACAAUAUGUCAAUCAGUUUUUAAGUUUAGGACUUUGCCUUUUUCUUUCUUUCGCUCUUUAUUUUGUACUCAAUCUUGAGAUGAAUCAAGCGCGCGGAAAUGCUCUUCAACUACGACGCACCGAUUUCGUUUUCUUUUGAACAACGUUAUUGAAGGAAAAAGUUGAAAAAAUUUCUCCCAUCUAUAACAAGUAAACAAAAAAGGCUCUAAAGGUUAGUUUGGCGAUCAUUUUGUUAUGAAGAGUAUUUAACCAUCUAAGAAGUCAGACUAAAUUAUAGCUGAUUUUGCAACACACCCAAUCUUUGUUCUUUGAAAACUCAAAUUUCAGUUAUUGUAUGUUAUGCCCCUUUGCGGAGUUCUCAUGGUCGGCGUGCUUUAAAACGUCCAGGCUCGAUAUGUUAUGUUAUAAUAUUAUAUGUUACAAUGUUUUGUAUAUAAAACGUCAAAUGUACUUAAUCUUAUUGAACUAGGGUAAGAAGGAUAAAGAAUUGGAGGAAAAGAUGGCAGUCCUUGAACAACAAUACCAAGGUAAGAUAUCUUUUUUUUCCAACUUUAAUCCAGGCUGGUGGUCGAUGCAGACCAACGCAAUAGUGAGUAGGCGAAGAAAACGCUGGAAACAGCGGAGAUUGUUCCUCAUAUUUCUUAGCGCAACUCUCGCCGUUUUUGGACAACUCCUCCCCCCCCACGCCUUUUUGCCUCCAUUGUCUAAAAACUCAUUAGAGGUAAUUGCUCUCAACAAAGAGGAUAAUCAUCCAAUAUGCAGGCCUUUGUCGGUUUUUGUCGUCAAAUUCGCAAUAAAAUAAAGUGAUGAAGGUGUAUAACUAUCGAUUAUUUGAAAGCUUAGUCACUUGCGGACUGAAACACAUCAAGGUAUUCGUGAAUGAUGUGCUGGUUACAUUGAAACAACUGAUUUGUCAUUAAAUAAGACUGACCGAGUCACCGACUGACCGACUGACCGACUGACCAAGUGACUGACUCAGUAAUUGCCUGACUGACCGAGUCACUGCUUGACUGACUGACCAAGUGACUGACUGAGUAACUGAAUGACUCACCGAGUGACUGACCGAUCGACUGACUGACCAAGUGACUGAGUAACUGAAUGACUGACCGAGUGACUGACCUAUCGUCUGACUGACUGACUGACUGACCAAGCAAUAUAUGGUUUGACUUAUCGACCGGAUGACUGAAGAAAGGACCACGUUUAUUGACUGUCUGUUUGUUUGUCUGUCUGUCUGUCUGUCUAUUCAGCCGUGAUCCCCGAUUGGUAUGACAUGUGAGACGUCAGAGCUUAGUCAGUUGACUAUUGGCUCAUUGCUUAUACUGACCAUCUAACUUUCUAAAGCAUAUCAGAGCACCAUUCCCUAAAUUCGGUUAGCUUUAGAGAAUCCAAGACAAUCAUACUUUCAGAGGAUAUUUGAGACAAAAAAUGCGGUUAUUCACCACUGAGCUAAGCUUUUAUAACUACAUUAGAGAGAGAGAAAGAACUCCUAAAAAGGAACUCUGCCUUGGAAAAUCAACUGAAAGAAUCACGUGACAAAAUGGACGAUCUACGCAUUCAGUAUGAAAAAGAAAACGAGUCUCUCCAGACUGAAAUUAAAGACUUGAAGGACACUCUACUUAGGAGAGAAAAGUGUCAUACAAGACAAAAAGAUCUUUUCAAAAAGAUGGCAGCUAAUGCCCAGAGUGAACUGGACAAAGCUCGGGCGGUCAUUUCAAAUCUCUCUGAAGGGAUGAAGGCCUGUGAAGGUAAGUCUUAUGCAUAAGGUAAACUAUUCAUUCAUUUUUUUCUCGGUACAAAACUGAUCAUAAAACGUGCUUAUGAACUAAAUAUUGUUGCGUUCAAUCAAAAGUUUUGUAGAUAAGCACAGAUAAGCAAAAAAAACGUUACAAAUGACUAAACAACAACUCGUAAAAAGAUAUUUAAUACUUGAAAAACACAAGCUUAAAACUUCCUGCUACGUCGACUUGAGUCAUCAUUUGGUAUACAUGGGAAAGCCCUCUCCUGGUUUACGUCCUAUUUGUCUGGUAGAACUCAACGGAUAAUGAUUAACGAUUCGCUGUCGGAACCUUUUAAAUUAGAAUGCGGUGUGCCUCAAGGUUCCUGUCUGGGUCCGUUAUUGUUUUCGUUGUAUACGAGCAAGCUUUUUGAGAUCAUUGAAUAUCAUUUGCCCACGAUUCAUUGUUACGCUGACGACUCUCAAGUUUACAUCUCAUUCAGUCCCAACGACAGAGCUGAGCAACUUGCUGUAGUGAGGAGUAUGGAGGACUGCAUCAGAGACAUUCGUCUUUGGAUGUUGAAUAAUGAUCUUAAAUUAAAUGACGACAAGACUGAAUUCCUUAUCAUUGGCACAUCACAACAGCUGGGAAAGCUCGACAAUAUCAGUAUACGUGUGGGCGACUCAGACAUACAUCCCGUGCCAAUUGCGAGAAAUCUUGGUUCCUGGUUUGAUUCAAGGCUCUCCAUGGCAACACACAUCACGAAAAUUUGUGCCUCUUCAUUUUACUACAUUUAUAAUAUUCGUCGGAUCAGAAAGUACCUUUCACAGCAGUCAACGGAAACUCUUGUCCAUGCAUUUAUAACGAGCCGCCUGGACUAUUGCAAUGGCCUAUUAUAUGGACUACCGGACUGCUUGUUGAAUAAGCUGCAACGAGUACAGAAUGCUUGUGCCAGAUUGAUUCUUAAAGAACAGAGAUUUUGUCAUAUUACGCCCUUAAUUUUUAAGUUACACUGGUUACCAAUUAGAUAUAGAAUUGAGUUUAAAAUAUUGUUAAUUACUUUUAAGAUUCUUAAUUUUUUAGCCCCUUCUUAUCUAUCCUCUCUUAUUUCCCUUAGACCCCCCUCCAAAUAUAAUUUAAGAAAUUCCAGUGAUAAGCUUUUUACUUAGCCAUCCAUCAUUUAAAUCGAAAGCUACACUGGGGGACCGUUCUUUUACCUGUGCUGCUACGAAACUAUGGAACGAACUACCGCUGGAUAUUAGGAGCGCAAGAACAGUAAAUAUUUUUAAAGCUAAACUGAAGACUCACCUUUUUCGUAGUGCAUUUCUAUAGCUUUUUUUUUUUUUUUUUUUUUUUUUUUUUUUUUUUAUCUCGUUUCUUAAAAUUAUUGUAAGUCUAUUUUAAUGAUAAUUUUUAAUCUUGUAAUGCGCAUUUGAACAUUUUAUGGAAUUUGCGCACUAUAAAUUUUUAAUAUUAUUAUAAUAUGUAGUGAUUUACAACGUACGAUAUAGGACAAAAUGGUUGGGACACAGUCGGUUCCACCCCUCCCUGAUCUUCCCACAAACAAUUAGGAGCCAACUGAUUCCUCAGUCGGUUCUAAAUUGUUUGUGGGAAGAUCGGUGACCCACACUUUGGCUUUAGAAAGGACAUCCAAUGAACUGAAUGCUCGUUCACUUCUUGUACAAGCACAUUACAGGCGAAGAAGACAACUUGUCCUCUUCUCCAGUAAUCUGUUUGUACCAGAAGUUUAGAACUUCACCUGACGUUUAUGAUAUCCAAAAACUACUCAUGUUUACACCCGUAGCUAUAAUCAUUUCAUUCGAAAUCGCAAAUCUUUCCUGUCUGAGCAGUUAUUAUAGUUGCGCGCGGUAAACAGAUGGCGUAGUCACGGUGUCGUAACAUGAUUAUUUAAUCACAUCAUGAGGACAAGCGAGAAACCUGGCUGGCAGCCAUGAAGUUGGCAUCCCAGAAUUCAAUUUGCUUGACUUAAACGUAACCUAAGCAAAAUCAUGUUUUAAAAGCAUCAUUCUUGAAAGUCAUCUCUGAGUUAAAUUAUUUACAUUUUAAAUAAAAUGAUCAAAACGGUGGCGAACACCCAGCACUCCUUUGACAAUCCUUGUCCAGGAAAUGAAGCUGUUUGCGUCUAUUUUGUGAACGUUAACAUUUGGAAGAUUGUUGGAGAAUGUGCAAAGAAGAAGAGGAAGCGAAGGAGUCAAUAAAAUGGAAAUAUAGAAAUGCAAUUGAUCUCUGAUGAGCUAAGCCUUUACAAUCACCAGGAACUGAGAUAAAGAAUUAUUAAAAAUGAUGAACUCUUCCUUGCGUGGUCAACUAAAGAAGAUUCCAUUGAGCUGGAAGAGAAAAUAAAGAGUGAUUAAACAUACUGAAGAAAUCUUCAUUCGACGUCACAUCGUUCUCUGUUGGACUUGGCUUUCAUUAGGGGGAGAUGUGGUUUAUUUUUGGCAAUACGAAAUUAAUCAAAUAUACGAUUUUAUGAAAACUCGAAGGAUGUGGCUGAAAACAAUCUGAGAUAUUUCAACGUGAGGACGUUUGUAUUUUCUCUGAGGAGCUUUUAAAUUCUGUGCCUGACUACUAGUAAUAAUUAAAUGUCUUGCUUACUGAAUGGCAUCGUAAUAUUCCCGUAUUUUGUGUUCAUUUCAGCGACUCUUUCUGCAUCAAAGGAGACAAUCAGUGAGAAAGAUCAAAAAAUUAAACAGCUUACAUCUCAGCUAAACAGAUAUGAAGAUCUUAUAAGAAACUUAACGGUUGAUAUGCGGAAUUAUCACAAGAGCCUGCAGAAAGCUGCAAACGAUGUUGACAAAAUCAGUGAAAGACUGGAGGUUUCUCUUGGUAUGUGUAACAUAGCGGGUUAAUACUUGGCAACACAAAAUUAAGCAAAACACGAUUUUUAACAAAGGUAGCUGGUAAUUUAUUUUAUUGCGUCCAUCGAAAGAAAAAAAAAAAAAGAAAAAAAAAAAGAAAGAAAAUCCAGACAAACAGAAUUGUUAACCAAGAACACUUGCCCUGAGAACCAAAUUGCUGAAAUGGAAGAAACCGUUUUCUCCAUGUUAACUAUUUGGUCCUCAUGGCGGUGGCUGAUGCCGAAGAAAAAAAAUGUAGGAAUUGUCAGGUGACAAUCUAUAUCGUUUUUUAUCAGUUGAAAAAGCGUUUUCUGUUCUUUAUGUUUGAUUUAUUAGUUGUAUUGCCAUUUUCAGCCGUUAAGAAGAAACUGUUGAGGAAAAACAGAUGCCUCGAGGAAAAAGUCGUCAUUAUGGAAGAAACAAUGACAAAUGCCGAAGCAAAAGUAAAAGAAUUGUCAGGUGACUUUUUUUUUUUCGUUUUUAGCACUUCCUGAAGUAAUUUAAACUGUCUGUUUUAAUGACAUUUUUCAGCCGACAAGUCCGAAUUAUUAACGAAGAACGCUUGCCUUGAGGACCAAAUUGCUGAAAUGGAAGAGACCGUUUCUUCCAUGUUAACAGUUUUGUCCUCAAGGCGGUGGCUUGAAGCAAACAUGGACGAAUUGCUCGGCAACAAUUUAUUUCACUCUUUACUACUCGAAAGAGUGUCUUCUGUUCUUGAAGUUUGAAUGAUUUAUUUUCUUUCUCUUUGCAGAAGUCAACUCUAAGUUGGUUGAGAAGAUCAGUUUCCUUCAGGAUGAGAACAAAAAGAUGCAGUUUGAUCUUCAAGAAAGAAGAAACAAGGAGAGGCUAAACGACAAAAUGGGUAUGAUGAACCAUUUAAAGGAAGAUCUGAAAACAAAACGUACUGAUGUGACAGUAGAAAUGCUAGGUUCGUGAAGCGAUCUUAUGAAUAGAUAAACGUAGCAUAACUUCAUUAAUGAGACAUGAGAUAUUUUCCGCGUGCGAUUGGCAUAACGCGACCGAGUUAAAGUGAUGAAUAUCUAUUGGUAUUACGCGGGGGUGGUACCAAAUUUUAAGAGAACGUCCAGUGCAAUGAAGGUCGUUCUAUAAUUGUUGAUUCAAUCAGAACGUUUUUGUCCUUGACACUAAUAAGGGGAUGAGCUUAUUUGUUGACAAAAUUGCUUUAAAAUUUCAAUCCCCGUUUUAUAAAGUGAGUUGUUGGUAAACCCUUUGUGUCGUGCAUUUCAAAAAUAUAUUGAAGAAUAAUAAACGAGAGAGUCUCUAUUAGGUUUAAAAAUAUGAAGGUUUAUUUUUCCUUUCAGUAACAAUAUCUAAAACUCACAGUCUUCCUCAAAAUUUGCUUCUAGCUUGAAUCUUUGCCCUUUGUAAUGGAUGAUAUCCGUGAACUAAUAUUCUGGUGCAUUUUCGCACCAAAUAGAAGAUGAAAUUUAUAGUGGAGCUCGCAGAGCGCAGCCCCAUAAUUAUACAAAAUAGUAGUAAUCCAUCAAGCUGAAAAAAUUGGAUGUACGACCGUACGACCGUACGACCGUACGACCGUACAGCCUUACGACCGUACGGCCGUAGAAGGUGCUAAUUUUAACAUGCGUGGUCAACUGUACCGCGGGCACGUCAACGCCACAGCUUUGUUCAGUAGGUUAGUGGUCAGUACACUGGGCUCCGAGUCGGACGACCCGGGUUUUAGUCCUGGCCGAGGCAAGGCGUUGUGCCCCUGAGACGUGCGGGAAAAAAAUGCCAGCUUCGCUUUUAGGCUUGGCUAAAUCUAUAUGUUAUAAUUCAUAAACUGGUACGCGUGGAACAGACUCCGAUGAACAUAUAGGCAUAUUCGAUGUUGGAAGGGAAGUUGUUGCAUACGAUGUCUGUCAAAACUUAAAGAAGGGGUUUGUGUCGGAAAUAUAUCCAAGUUUUAAUGCGUUCAAUUUUUUUUUUCCCUAGCCAGUGUCUACGACGACCUGCAACCUACAGAGCUCAAUGUGAAAAGCGGGCACUGUUUUCUCCCAGAACAGAAAAGUACUGUGCUUAUAAAAGAGACAGAAACGCCUAAAGGCGAUGAAGCAAAUGUAAAGGAGACAGUAAAAGGUGUUGAUAAUUUAACAUUUUGUUGUAAUUGUAGUAACUUGUACUUUAGUUAUUACGUAAGAUAUCAUUGACGCCUCUUAUCUCUUGUGGGGAGGGGGGGAGGGAGUGGGAUGAGAAUGUUGUCAGCAUAGACUAGCCAAGUAUUUAUCGAGUAAAAAUGUUACAGGAUUAUUUCAUUUCUCGUCAUUUCAGUCAAAGAGAACAGCGAGCCUCGCCCGUCAAUGUUAUCAUCUGCAGCCAGAGUCUCAACGAGUGGAACUUUAGUGCAGGACACCUGUCUGAGAAAAAGGCAUAGAAGUGAUCAAAGCAAGGGAUUCAGUUGCGACAGCAAAACAGCUGAUCCGUUGUCCAUGCCUACCGCAGGUAAGAGCAGUGAAACACAUUACCAAAAAAUAAACGAAGAAACAAAGCAAAUGGGAAACGGGUUUUGUAAAAAUCUACUAAUCUCAUUGGCGUCUCUUUCAGACAAAGGUGGCUCCAUCAGGCACCAUCAAUCACCCCUCCCUCCCAUAUUUGCACGACUAUCUACAUCUGAAGUAGGCCGAGCUAAAAAGGAUGACGACUGGCUGGUUAGGAACCAAGGAAACUUUCUACCUUUCUCCCCAAAGGGUAAGUGACAUUUCUAUGAAAUGCUAUUUUCAUAUAUUUUCCAGUUUACUACAAGAGUUGUCAGAGUUUUGAGGUUUUUGGAUGCCUUUCUUUCUUUGCAGCCGGUGGCUUUGAUUACGAUCCUGAUCGAACUCUGCAUGAAAGCCAUUUAGAAGAAAAAAAUGAAAAAUAUUUUGCAAUGAAAGGAAACUCAUCCUUCGAGUCGGAAAAAGGUAUAAAAUGUUUUGAUAAUAUGUACUUAUACGUUUUUUAGUAUGUCCCAUGACAGUGAGUAAGAGACGGGUCAUUAUUCAUCGCCUGAAGGGGUGGGAGCGGAGGAUUUUGGUUGUAUCAAAAUGCAAUGUAAUUUUAAAUACCCUAAUUUUUACUCUGUUAGUGACGACUGAUCUCCCUCCCCUCCCCCCCUAAAAAAAUCCAUGUGAUUCCUGGAAAAUCUUCCGAAACUCAGAGAAGAAGAAAGCAUCAGCACGUCAAAGUUUUUUAAUGUUUUAUUGACUUUCAAUUUUUGUAGACGGAGCCUGUCGAUUAGUAGAAGAAGACCAUUCUAAGUAUGAUGAAAAGUCGCAUGAUGAGUCCUCUGUUAAGAAAAUGUCCUCUGCUAAGAUACGAAACUCAUCCUUUGAGACAGAAAAA